UAAAAAAAAUAUGGCUGUAUUGUUAGAGGCUCGGCCAUUUAGGCCUUUUAAAUCUAGUGAAGAGUAUCUGUAUGCAAUGAAAGAAGAUUUAGCUGAAUGGUUACAUACAUUGUAUCCAGAAUUAGGGAUAAAUGUGGAUAAUUUUAUGGAUCGUAUUGAUACGGGGGUUGUACUUUGUAAGCAUGCAAAUAAUGUGAAGAAAGCUGCCUCCGAAUAUGUGGCACGAAGACAAGCCAGAAAAUUAAUGACACGUUCAACAACAACAAGUUUAGCCGUUCCAAUUAGUACAAUGGCAGAUGUACAUUAUUUACAAACAGCGAAACCGGGAACGUUUUUUGCACGUGAUAAUGUCUCAAAUUUUAUACACUGGUGUCGUAAAUAUUUAGGAAUAUAUGAAUGUUUAUUGUUUGAAACAGAUGAUUUAAUAUUACGUAAAAAUGAGAAACAUGUGAUUUUAUGUUUAUUGGAAGUUGCCAGAAAAGGUGCUAAAUUUGGUAUGUUAGCACCCAUGUUGGUACAAAUGGAACGGCAAAUUGAUCGUGAAAUUGCACAAGAACAACGCGCAGCAAAUAUUGGUACAAAUGAACAAUGUGAUUCAGAUGAUAGCGAAGAUGAACAUGAACAGCCACCAGUUAUUAUGGUAUAUGGACCACAACCACAAAUUGUUACCAAUGAUUUGAAGAGCCUUGAUGAGAUGGUUCGUGAUUUGGUGGAACGAUGCAGUUGUCCAACUCAAUUCCCAAUGAUUCGGGUAUCAGAAGGAAAAUAUCGUAUUGGUGAUACAAAAGUUCUUAUUUUUGUACGGAUUUUACGUAAUCAUGUCAUGGUUCGUGUAGGCGGGGGUUGGGAUACACUCUCCCAUUAUUUGGAUAAACACGAUCCAUGCCGUUGUCGGUCACAACAUCGUACUGCAUUACAAUCUCGUUUGGUGAAUCGACCCGGUGCUGUUGACUUGAAUGGUGCACAGGUGUUAUACGAACGAUCACCUCCACGAACACGGCGUUCAUCUAUAUCGUCUACAUGCAGUAAUGGACAUCAACAGCCGCAACAACAACAACAACAACAGCAACAAGUCUCACAGCAUUUAUUAACACCCACAUUAUCAUCCAGAAAUCGAUCCCGAUCACCCACACCAUCCCGUCGACAACCACAUCCCCCACAAAAUUCAUUAACAAUACAAAAUGAUCGUUCACGUCGAUCUGUAUCACCAAGUCCAUUAAAACAUCAACGAUCACCCAUUCCAAUACGUAAAAACUUGAAUGUACCACAAUCAAAUCGUAUGCGAUCACGAAGUCCAACUCCAUCAUUAUUUUCAUACGAUAAACACGUGGCUGAGAUGAAAAUUCAACCAGCGGAUCACAAUAAUAUGGCACAAGUUAAUGCGCCACAUCAUGUUUCGGAAGCCACAUUACAAGUUUUGGAUGAUACUAAUGGAACGGUUACAGCAAUUACACAACAAGAGAAUGGAAGUGAUAAUGGAUCGGAGAUUUCGGAUGAGGGAUACAGAAGUUUAGGUUUGAUACAUAAUUCGACAGGGAAUGAUACGACAGGAAAAAUUUCGACGAAAAUCAAUCGAUUAUCGUUAACUAGUCAGAAUUCUUAUGACGACGCAGAUUUUGGAGAGCAUACGUCUCAGCAUAAUUCUGACAGUGGCAGCACUAAUGGUGACAUAUCAAAAACAAUUGAAGAAACUUCGACAAUCACAAACUCAGCACCCGAUACAAAUGAUGACAUCUACAAUGAUACAGGUUUGCGUAAAACAAGCUUUUCUGAAGCAUACUUCAAUGAUCGUAAGCCAGAGACACAAAUCAUACAAAAACCACGUGGUCGAUCUAUAGAUCAACGUACCACAUCACGAAGCCGAUCAAAUAGUCAAGAUAAAUCAUGUGAUAUAUCAGAUAGUCCAAUAAAGCGCCAACAAUUAGUAUAUAGAUCAGUAAGGGGAGAAAGUAGACCACCCACAAAUGGUAGCCCAGUUAAAAAAUCCACAACACAAAAAGGUACACAAAAAUUAUUAGUUGAUAAAUCAGGGAAUAAUACAUGGAGCGGUCGGCAAACAAAACAGAGACCAUCGUUGAGUAACGAUACAUUCAUUGCCCCACAAAAGUCUGGUUCUCCUCCAAAUAAUAAUUUUAGUCGGAACACAAUUGGGCGAACUAGUUUAGCAGCGAAUAGGUCACAUUAUGAUAGUAACGGUCGUCGUAUAAAGACCACGACAGCGCCAAUUUCAUCUAGUGCAAAUACAUCACCAACCAAACAGAAGAGUCCAUUAUUGGAACAAAUUUUAAAAUCCGCAGAGCAAUCAAAGGACGAUUUACAAAUGUUAGAAAAAAUUAAGGAAGUUUUAAAACAAUACAGCUAUUUGACGUCAGAUAAGGAUAGUUUAGAUUUUACAUCAGCGUGGGUACACAGUCAGGGGGGCAAUAGUGAAUCGAAUUUAGAUAAACGAUCAUCUGUUGCUUCAGAUGGGGUUGGAAGUAGUAGUUCUGAAUCCGGUUCGAAACCGUUAGCAUUUGUUAGUCCUAGGAGAGAUCCUAAAAGUGAUGCGGGUAAAAUAUCGAAAAUUCCAGCACCUGUUUCAUAUAAACGGGCCACAACGGAAUUAUAUUAAAGCAGUUAAUUUUUACAUAAAUCUUUAUAUCUUGCCUAUUUUUAUGAAUAAAAUUUAAGUUUAUGUUGCUCUUAUAAAUUUCGCGCACAAUUUAAACUUUAUUACAACGAUUAAAUUUUAUUUCAAGGUAGACACAAUGUAUAACAUAUAUUUCUAUACUUUAAAUAAAACAGAAAGUUUUGAAGGAAGAAUAUCUCAAGUUAAAAAAACAUACACAAGGAGGUUAAUUUACGCUCCGGCUUCUAAGAGCUUUCAUUUAAUAUGGCGUCCAUAUGAUUUUCAACGCAGCUUAAAAUAAUUAUAUAGACUGUUUCGUUUAAAAUAUAUUUUAAAAAUACGUGUCUCUAAAACUAAGUCUAUUUACGGCGGGAAACUAUAAAAAAAGGUAUACAAAAAAAAAUAUCCCAAAAUAUAAAUGGUGC